UCACUGACUCUUCUAAGUCAAGACAAGACAAUACAGUACAGCAGCCAAAAUCAUAAUCUCCGUCCUAACCAGCUCUACUACUCUUUAUCUGCUGAACCACCAUUGCCAAAAUCUUGUGAUUUUAGUCUUCAGAUUCUGAACCUUUACCCUUUUCCAAAAGCAAUUUUAUUCCUCUUAACAUCUCAUCGUGUCUAUCACUAACACUGCGCCAUUUUCUCUCGUUCUCCGCUCAGGUAUUGUACCCGAGAUGAUGGUUUUCUGUAUACAAUGAUUUAGUUCCUUUGCUCUCCAAGUCUGUGGGUAUUCUCCUGCAUUGAGUUUAGCAGGUUACCGAUUGAGUCUCUCUGUUUCAGAGAUGGGUGAAUGUCUUGGAAAUACUCAUGUAUCCUGAAGAAAGGAGUUUUAAAACAGAGCUUUGGUAUUGAGAUGUGAAGCUUGUUGCUGAUCCCUGAACAAAGAAAGAAGAGGUUUCUGGCUUGGAGAUUGAGAUAGUGUUUCAGUCAUUUUUUGGUUUUGAACUCUUAAGAAUGUCUCUUGGUUAUGAACUUGAAUAACCAAACUCCUGUUCACUCAACUCACUGAAGCCUUAAACUCUGAUCCCAUAUCUGAAAUUUACCACCCUUCUUUUCUCAUUUUUGGAUUUCUUCUGCAAGAUUCUGAAUUUUUGCCUGCGUCAAGUUUCGCUGUCAUCAAACACCAUGAACCACCAUAGUUUCAUUUCUGCAACUCAAACUGAAUCUAACAAUGGAAUCAAACAGCCCUGUUGCACUGCCAUACCCCCCAUUCAUAAUUUUUUGAGUGUUGAAUCAGAAGGGCUAAGUCUUUCUACUGGUGAAUGUUCCUCUCCACAUCCAUCACCUUUUAUUCAAAAAGAAUCUCAUAGUUAUCCCCAUAAAAUUCGAGCACCUACAUCCCAAUCCCAUAAGUGUUGUUUUCCACCUGGACCAAAUAGCCCUUGGACUCGUGGUUCUCAUCUUCAACAUUCAAAGGGCUCAUUUUCACGGUCAUCUGUUUUUUGUACCAGUUUAUACCUAUCGUCUUCAUCAAGCUCUGAAACCCAUCGUCAACUUGGGAAUUUACCAUUUCUUCCACGUCCUCCCUCAUACAAUCAUUCUGUUUCUUCUGUUGACUCAACAAAAUCUCCAUUGUCUUUCAGUGAAGGUAUAGGGAACCCAUAUGAAGAGGAGCAUUCAGAAUCUCUCGUGAAAGACCUCUUUAAUUUGCCUGGAGACAUUUCAGAUGGUAGCUUUCAUGGGGUAACUUGUACAGAUGACAGUUUGGCACUUAAUGAUCAUUUGGAGCUGCAUUUUUUGUCUGAUGAACUUGACAUAGCUAUAACUGACAAUGGAGAAAAUCCCAGGGUUGAUGAAAUUUAUGAAAUACCUCAAUCUUCAUCAAAACCUUCCAUCGGACUGGCAUGUGAUCAGAGCUAUGUCUCUUCAGCACCACCUGUUGAUGCUUUUACAAGUCUCCCAUCUCCUGGGCCAGCCACUGCACAUAAGCCAAGAAUGAGAUGGACGCCUGCACUCCAUGAAUGCUUUGUGGCAGCUGUCAACAAACUUGAUGGAGCUGAAAGGGCUACUCCCAAAGGUGUAUUGAAGCUCAUGAAUGUAGAAGGUUUGACCAUCUAUCAUGUGAAAAGCCACUUACAGAAAUACCGACUCGCUAAGUAUAUGCCAGAGAAAAAGGAAGAGAAGAAGACUUCUAGCACUGAAGAAAACAGUGCAACUUCAAGCAGCAGUGAAUGUGAUGGACGGAAGAAAGGGAGUGUGCAAAUCUCUGAGGCCUUGCGCAUGCAAAUGGAAGUUCAGAAACAGCUGCAUGAACAGCUUGAGGUGCAAAGGGCCCUUCAGUUACGCAUAGAGGAGCAUGCAAAGUACUUGCAGAAGAUCUUGGAGGAACAGCAGAAAGCUGGCAGUGUCCUGAUUCCUCCUCGAAGCUUGUCAUCAAUUACCGAUCCCAGCAGAGAUUCUGAGGUGCAGCCUUCUUCUCCAUCAGUUAGUGGUUUGUCUAACCACCCAGACAAGUCUAAAACAGACUUGUCAUCAGCUCUACCAUCGAAGCAAAAAGCUACUGACAGUAGUGAAUCGAAGCCAGAUGCAAAAAGGAUUCGUCUCAACGACAAGCCAGAAACAGCUUCAGAUGAUGCAUUGGUUGAAAAUCCUGUGCAAUGAAGGCUUCGGGCCCCUUUCAAAGGAAGAAAACAAGAAAGCGCUCUUGGAUGACACAGUCACAGACAUAAAAAGUUAGAAAGAAAAUUCACAAAGAGGAGUCUGCAAAAUGAAAAAUUUUAAUUACCUCCCACUUGUACAAAAUUUUAAUUACCCCAACUAUGUGUAUCAUACAUACCUAUAGUUUGCACAUAACAAAAUUUCGAUUAUCCUUGUUAUGUGUGACUCACAUGUGUAUAACUAAUAAAAUGUAAAAUUUUGGAAAAACCCAUUUUAUGUGUUGUAUAUGGAAAAUUCAAUUAGUCUUCUACCUUUA